GAGCAAAAUCCAUACUAAACUUCUCACCAACAGGCUCAAACCCCUCUUACCCAAACUCAUUUCAAAGGAGCAAGGAGCAUUCCAACUUGGAAAGGACAUUGCUGACCAAAUACUCCUCACCACAGAAAUGCAUCAUGCCCUGGAUAGGAAGACAAAUGGAGGCAAUCUCAUUAUCAAAGUGGACAUGGCAAAAGCCUUUGACAAACUGAGUUGGGAAUACCUUGAGGCUAUUCUGGCAGCUUUUGGAUUCUCAUCCAAGGUUAUCACCCUCCUCAUGAGCAACCUCAAAGCCACAUCCCUCUCCAUCCUUAUAAAUGGACAACCAGCAGGUUUUUUCCACAUGGAGAGGGGCAUUAAACAAGGAGAUCCACUAUCUCCCUUGCUCUAUAUCCUUGCAACAGAAGGCCUCACCCGCACCUUGAAUCACCACCUAAACAAUUCUUAUCUAACCCCUUUUAAUGCAGGAUAGGUUCCAAGGAUUUCACACCUAGCUUAUGCAGACGAUUUAAUUAUAUUUGCCAAUGGUCACUAUAGGAAUGUUCUCCGGCUCAAAGGGAUCAUCAACACCUAUCUUCAAGCUUCUGGCCAGGACAUAAACCUCAACAAAAGCAGAUUCUACUGUGGGAAACAUGCAAGGCAAGCAGCCAUUACAGCAACAACAAGAGCACUAGAGAUGAAGCAAGGAAUAACACCGUUGCAAUACUUAGGAGCUACAAUCACAAAGGGAAAGCUUAAGAAACACCAUUGUGGCACCCUACUUGAUCAUUUUGAUAGUCACCUCAGCUCUUGGUA